UCGCAUAGAUAGUAAAUGAAAAAGUCAAUAAAGUGGAAGGUGAAUAAUUUUGAAGCGAUAAAAACGCCUCUUCAACUUGAGAGUUCUGAAACAAAGUGCGUGACGUCAGACUCAACGACCAGUCAGAAAAGAAAUAUGUCGGCGUGCUAGAGGACCAAGUGACAAUUACCGUGCAAAAAUAAUUGGGUUUCAGUAAUUCCAAAUUAAGUCACGACUUUGUAAAUAGACUGUUCUUCAAAUUGCUAUUAUGUCUUUGAAUUUACUCGGAAAACCCGAAUACAUAGUGGGUGGUAAAUAUCGGGUAGUGCGUAAAAUCGGUAGUGGUUCGUUUGGUGAUAUAUUCUUAGGAAUAAAUAUCACAAAUGGUGAGGAAGUGGCCGUUAAAUUGGAACAUAUCAGAGCACGGCAUCCACAACUUCUCUACGAAAGCAAGCUCUAUAAGAUACUACACGGGGGCAUAGGAAUACCGCAUAUCAGAUACUACGGCCAGGAGAAAGAGCACAAUGUUCUCGUCAUGGACCUGCUGGGUCCGUCGCUCGAGGACCUUUUCAACUUUUGCACUCGACGUUUCACAAUUAAAACCGUACUGAUGUUGGCCGAUCAGAUGAUCGGUCGCAUAGACUAUGUCCAUUGCAAGUCUUUCAUACACCGCGACAUCAAACCUGAUAAUUUUCUCAUGGGCAUCGGGCGGCAUUGCAAUAAAUUGUUUCUAAUCGAUUUCGGGUUGGCGAAAAAGUUCCGGGAUUCGCGCACCCGUCAACAUAUUGCGUAUAGGGAGGACAAGAACCUUACGGGGACUGCCAGAUACGCUUCGAUAAACGCGCACCUGGGCAUCGAGCAGUCGCGACGCGACGACAUGGAAUCCCUCGGCUACGUGCUGAUGUACUUUAACCGGGGCUGCUUGCCGUGGCAGGGCCUCAAGGCCGCGACGAAGAUCGAAAAGUACGAGAAGAUCAGCGAGAAGAAGAUGUCCACCCCCGUCGAGGUCCUGUGCAAGGGAUUCCCUGCCGAGUUCUCGAUGUACCUGAACUACUGCCGCGGCCUCCGGUUCGAGGAGGCCCCCGACUACAUGUACCUACGGCAGCUGUUCCGCAUCCUGUUCCGCACCCUCAACCAUCAGUACGACUACACCUUCGACUGGACGCUGCUCAAGCAAAAACCGGGGGCGGGGAGCGCCGCCGCCGUCGGCGGCAGCAGUUCGUCGCAGCAGCCCCAGGCGUCGCAGGCCAUCGCCCAACAAUCAGGUAACCGUUGAUGCACCCGCCACCAUCCCACCAAAACCGUCACCGACUGGGCUGCAAUAGCCAAAAAACGGGCCCACACUCUCACGCGGGCACCCCCCACCCACCCACCGAAGGUUAGGAUUACGCUUUGGAUUUUUCAUCUCGCCGUACAAAAACCAAGGCGGAUCUCGUCGUUUUAUAUAUACAAUUAUUAAAAAAAAAAAACAAAUAAAUGCAACAAAUAUGAAAUUACGGAUAGGGGCCGGGGUUAUGUUCUUCUUCACUUAUUUCCUUGUAUAAAAUUUAACGGGUGACGAUUGUGCGUCGGUAAGAGGUUGUUUUUCAGUUAAACGAACGGAUGGCCCACCCACGGAUUAGUUAGGAAUGUGCGCGUGUCGACGAACGUUGAGAGAGCGAAUGCAAGUCAGGCUGUACUAUUUAGACUAAUAAUUGUAAGAAGUAGCAUUUAAUUUAAGCAGUAUAGAUAUAUAUAACGACACUCAAAAAUCGCAAAAAAAAUAGUCGGUUGACGGUCGGAGAGAGGGCGUGACACAGUGUCAAUAUUAAACUUGCGAUUGGUCGCUUUUGGCGCGUGGGCGUGAAGCACUGCCUAAAUGCGACGAAGAAGUACGUCCUAACCUUGUAUUUUAACGGAAACAGAGGGAAAAUUCCAUAAAACUCAAUUAGAAAAGGAAACAACGAAGUGAAGUAGAAAACUCUUGUCAUUAACAAUUAAAUUGUUCAAUUAUUCAGUAAAGUUCUUGAUUUAUUGCGGCAUCGAUAAUUGUAACCUCAUUUUUUAAAAUUUCAAAUUUUUUCCAGCAAACGCGAUUGUAGUGACUGGCCAAUUAAGAAGGGCAUUCGGCCCUAACUCGAAAAGACUGGAAUAGAGUUUUGAUGAAAACACUAUCACUAAAGAGAAAAGCCGCCCCUGAAUUUUAGAACGUUUUUUUUUGGGAAGUAUUACAGAUAGUUAAAAAAAUGAAAGCCGUUUUAAAGCUGGGAUCAAUUCGAAUCUUUUCGUUAAAUAGUUCGAAUAUUUGCGGAAAUAACUUCAAAAUGACUGAGUAUUGCCUCUAGAGGUCGUUUUGCGACAACACCACAAAUGAAAUGUAUUUUGCCAUAUAGGGCUAAGUAAACACCGCAAUUUCGAUA